CGGAAGUAGCUGCAGCACCGCAGACGCGGCUGUGGCUUCAGUGUUUCCUCAGUUGUGUUUCGUCUGUCGGUUUAACGGCGCACAUUCGCCGUCGCGGAUCGUGUCUCCUCCGUUUUGUGUCGGUAUCUGCGCUCAGAGGCGACAGGAUGGAUAAAAUGUCAACUCUGACGGUGACUCUGAGCCUGGUUGUAGUUCUUAUAACUCAGGUGAACUGCAGCCCCUCCAAACUGAAGAGAGUCACAAAGGCACAGAUUUUGGGUUUUGACUGGAAAAACUGUGGGAAGCCAGAUGCUCCAGCUGUACUGAAGACUCUGACCGUGUCUCCAGAUCCGAUCUCCAUCCCCGGAGACCUGCGAGCCUCAGCCUCUGGAUCCACAUCUGUAGAGCUGAGCUCUCCCCCUGGCUGUGAGUACACUGAGGCUCUGAAUGUGACCCUGGAGAAGGAGGUGGCAGGUUUCUGGGUGAAGGUCCCCUGUCUGGAGGAGAUGGGCAGUUGUCACUAUCAGGAUGCAUGUGAUAUUCUGAACCAGCUGAUCCCUCCGGGUCAGGACUGUCCUGAACCGCUACACACCUACGGGCUGCCCUGCCACUGCCCCUUCCAAGCUGGCUCGUACUCUCUGCCUCAGUCGGACUUCUACCUGCCCCACAUGGAUCUGCCCUCCUGGCUGACUAACGGUAACUACCGUGUGGAGGGCGUCCUGGGCAGCCAGGACCAAGAGCUGGGCUGCCUCAAAAUCGCUCUCUCCCUUCACUCCAACUAAAGCAACACCACAACCAGUCAGGAGCUUUCAGGUUUUUCUUGACUUGCACAUUAAAAUGAUUGAAAAUUGGGAAACGAUGACAUCAGAUGACGACGAGAAAAUCAAGAUGGAAAAGACGGUUGGUUCUAUUGUAGUCAUCUUUUAGCUUACUACAUUUCUGCUGCACAGGUUUUUCAAUUUGAGAAAAAUUUGGAGAAAAAAACCCCGAAUCUAAAUAAUAGUACAAGAUCUUAACGUCUUCUGUCUCUGUACAGAGACACAAACAUGUUGGUGUUUACUGAAACAUAGAGGUACUUUGUCCGGCAGUGAAGCCUUUCCUUGUUCAUUAAGAUCCAUCAAGCAGCAGUUAUCUCAUUCUUUAUGCACAGAAACUGCUUCACUUUACCUGCUGCAGCCAAGUGAACACGAAACAUUUCCUCUGCUUUGUACGGCUCGGCUUGACUCGAGUGGUACCACAUCCUUUUUUAAAUUUGGUUUUCCACUGCAGCCGUUACCCUCUCAAUGUAGGCACGAUUCUUGAAAGCGUGAAACUGCCAUGACAAACGCAGGAACUCUCGCUGGAUGUACAUAUUUUUAAGUCAUGAUCAACCUACAUUUUCUUCUUUAUUUCAAUUCUUAUAUUUCAGACUGUAUAGUACAAUUUGUUCUACUGUAUGCAACUUGAGUUGCAGGAGUUUUUAGAGUGUAUUAUGAAUUAAUUUAAAAUUUGAAAGAAAAAAAAAACUAGAAUAAGCUAAAGCUCUGUGGGAUCUGAUCCUUUUACCAGCAGCAUGUCGCUCAUUUAUUAGCAAACGUUAGGGAACAGUUUCUCACUGUGUCUAUUAACAGUGAAUGCUGCUGAUGUGUGUGUCUUUUGCACAGGGAAAUGUUGUAAUUUCAUUUUCACACCAGCAACAUUUAAAACCUUUAUUCAUUCUGUGAAAACGGACAGAGAGCAGUUUCAGAUCCACUCUGUUUUACUGUCAGUCUCAGCAGCUCCCAGUUGUGAGCUUGUUUCUGUUGUCCGCAAAGAGCGAGAACAAAGGGGCAGAACUGCUGACAUUCAGGGAAGUGAAAUAAAGGUACGGGAACCUGCUGGACUCAAAAUUCAUAAUGCCAAUCUAAGCUAACCAAACGGAGCUAAAACUAGAUUUAAACUGAUAGAUGUUGCUAAAAAAUAAAACCUAAAUUAAACAGAAAACAGAAACAUUCGAUAGGUCAGAAAACUAAAAAGAAAGAUUCAUUGCGUGAAAGGGAGGAGAGUUGUUCAGAUGUAGAGAUCUGAAGUUUUUUUUCAGUCCGUGCACAAAUGCAGGCACAAAGAAGCCAAAGAGCAAAAAGGAAUGAAAGACUGGCAGCUCUUCAGAAUUGCAGCACGUUCAAUUAAUGUGUGUACUAAUUAAACAUAUUAAAAAGGUAUUUUUACUUUGGGCGGUCAGUUUUCAGUAGAGGGACAGCUUAUCAAGCCCAAAGCCUCGCUGCUGAGCUGCAUUUAGGUCCAUCCUGCUGAUGUCUUUAGAUCACUGAAACAUCUUUUGCUCUCACAUUUUGUUGGAAACAUCUCGACAUCUCUGUUCAUCCACAAUCACACCCAUUGUCUCAGUAUUUCAGAUUAUUGGGCCAAUUAUACUAAUAAACCUAACGAAGCUCCAAACAUCAAAGAAACUUUUAAUUUAAAGUCUGACACAGCUGAUGUCAGACUUUAAAUUAAAAGUUUGUUUAUUUUUGAUCAUUUGGUUGUAAAAAAACAAAUAUAGCAUCUGCUAACAGUUCUGUCUGUUUUUGUGUGAUGAAAUGCUCAUUUCAAAAUGUUUUGAAGUAAUAAUGUCCUGCAAACAUUCUCAUGUGCUUUUUUCCUCGGUGUUACUGACACUGAUUUGUUUAAAAAAAUAUUGAUUGACUUUUUUUGACUUUUAAAAACAUGUUUUAGGUUAUUGAGUAGAAGCUAUGCUGGGAAUUAAAUCACACUCAUGUAGUUCUGAUGGUAGCCAAUGUAUGAGAUGUUAUUUUAGAUUUGAUCUUAUUUGAUUUUGUUUAUUUUAGCUUUUUCUUUUUACUAAGUGCCUGAUUAGCUCUUUAGGAGGAAUUACUGUAUUUUAAGAAACUGCAGUGAAACAAACAGGAGAUGAAAAGAAAUCAUAUUGCACACAUAGAUAACUGAUAUGCGACAGCUGAGUAAACUAUGAUUACAGUUUGACUAAAUGUUUAAUUUGUUUUCUACAGUGUUGGUUAAAAUAAUGACAGAUGAUGAGAUCAGUGUCAUGCUUGUGAUUAUGUCCACACAGUGUACAGUUUAAUAAACUUUAAUACAUUUUGUA